AUGUCCGAAUCCCAUACCCCGCCAGUAUCGACUGCCAGUGAUGGUAUUCCCGCUCCGGGCAAUUGGACCAUGGAGGGACCAUCGAACGGAAACGGAAACGGAGAGGGAAAGACAGGCAUCGCAUCACGGUCCGGUGUUGCUGAUGAAGUAGUAUCCGCUACCGCUACCAGUGAUCAUCAGCUCGAAGAGGCUUCGUGUUGGGAUGUCGAAUAUUCCUCCGAUACGCCUGGCAUAACGCCACCGUCGACCGUUCAGGUCUCUGUCUCGGAUGCAGAGCCUGCAGGGAAUGUACACGACCUUAAGCACCAGCACGAACACGAGCAUGAGCAUGACCAUCAUGUGUCCCAAGACUCCAGUAUUUCACGAGAUGACAUGAUCGCUGCUCUUUCCAUCCAUUUCGACCUUCUUUGGCGAGACGCGUAUGAGGACGGCGAUGACGACGGGUUCGAGGACUUCCCUUUGGACCAAGAAGGCUUUGAGCCGUUGUUUGAAAUUGGAGAUGUUGUGCGUGUCAAAGCCAGGACUGGAGCUGGAGCUGGAAUGGCAGCAGGAGUGGGAGAUAUUACUCGAGCUGUAGCUGUCACUGUCAAUGCCGGUCAGGACAGUUGGGCACAGUACGACCCCGAUCUUGGAGGAUACUAUUCCACCCAGAAGUUUCAGGUUGUUGGGAGGUUUCUGAAGAUGACUUCUACCGAGAAUUGCGAAGAUGGCUUCGAUGCUGAUGACGACGACCUUGGUAAAGUCGGUGACAUACAUGAAGCGUUGCACCACUUGUCCACAGAUGAUGAUGUCGAAGAGAAAGAAGAAGAAGAUAAUGUCAACGACAAUGCUCAACGCAGUGACAGCGAGUCUGAAUUCGACCAGCCUGACCCAGGAACUUGGCUGUACCGCCUCAAACCGGCUCCUUUGUGCCCACCUCGCUCCGGGUCGCUGAUCAUGGCAGACUUAAUGAUCUGGAAGGAAGGGAACCUCGUUCUCGACGCCCAAGCCAUGGAUCCGGAUACUGAUGACGAUAUGGAAUGGGAUUGA